GAGAAAGAGAGAAUGUUCCAUGCUAAGAAACCUUCAAGUAUGAAUGGUUCAUAUGAGAACAGAGCUAUGUGCGUUCAAGGCGAUUCAGGCCUCGUCCUCACCACCGACCCUAAACCGCGUUUGCGUUGGACCGUCGAACUCCACGAACGUUUCGUCGACGCUGUCGCUCAGCUCGGCGGCCCCGACAAAGCUACUCCAAAGACGAUUAUGAGAGUUAUGGGUGUGAAGGGUCUUACUCUUUACCACCUAAAGAGCCAUCUUCAGAAAUUCAGGCUUGGAAAGCAGCCGCACAAGGAGUACGGAGAUCACUCCACGAAGGAAGGUUCAAGAGCUUCUGCCAUGGAUAUUCAGCGCAACGUAGCUUCUUCUUCUGGCAUGAUGAGUCGCAACAUGAAUGAGAUGCAAAUGGAAGUGCAGAGAAGGUUACACGAACAGUUAGAGGUGCAGAGACAUUUGCAACUGAGGAUUGAGGCACAAGGGAAGUACAUGCAAUCUAUAUUGGAGAGAGCUUGUCAAACUCUAGCCGGUGAGAACAUGGCAGCGGCCACCGCAGCAGCUACCGCCGGAGGAGGGUACAAGGGCAAUUUGGGAAGUUCGAGUCUUUCCUCAGCGGUGGGUCCACCUCCUCAUCCUCUUAGUUUCCCGCCGUUUCAAGACCUAAACAUCUAUGGAAACACAACCGAUCAAGUCCUCGACCACCAUAACUUCCAUCAUCAGAACAUAGAGAAUCAUUUCACGGCCAACAAUGCAGCAGACACCAACAUUUACUUGGGGAAGAAGCGACCAAACCCUACUUUUGGUAACGAAGUAAGGAAAGGACUUCUGAUGUGGUCUGACCAAGAUCAAGAUCUUGCUGGAAACCAACCGCUCGAUGAUGAGCAUCGGAUUCAGAUACAAAUGGCUACACAUGUCUCCACGGAUUUGGAUUCUUUGUCGGAAAUUUAUGAAAGGAAGUCGGGUUUAUCAAGUGAUGAAGGGAAUAAUGGUGGAAAAUUACUGGAAAGGCCAUCGCCUCGAAGAUCACCAUUGAGUCCUAUGAUGAAUCCUAAUGGUGGAUUAAUACAAGGAAGGAACUCACCAUUUGGGUGAUACAGUAAUUGAUUUUGAUAUAUGUGAUGCAUGAGAAGUGAGAACGAGAUAUAUCUUUUGUCCAUUAUGAGCUUGAGUUAGUGUUUAGAUGAUGAGACCAAAAAACAAAAUACAAAAUUUCUUAUAUAUGUUUGUCGAUCGGAUUAGUUUUGCUCGUGUUUUAUUUGUACUGGAAGUCUGGAAAUAUAUAUAUUAUUGUUG